CAAACUGAAACGCUGAUAACAGGUCUCCACUUGCUCUCUUUUCAUUCAUGGAAUCGGAUAUUCGAGAAUCCAAUGUCGCCGCAGAGAAAUCGUUACCCGACCUUCCUGGUAGCAAUGAGGACUUGCCGUCAUCUAUGAAAGAGCAAGAGCAGGAUAGCAAGAUAUCGCCCAGUAACACGAACUCGACCGCGCCUGCUCUCCAAGUACUCGAUUGCUGAGUUAAUCAUAUACAGACACAUGCCGGGAUGUCCAGUCAUUCGGAAGAUGAGGACGACGAUGACGAUGAUGAUGAUUUGGACUUUUACAAGAUGACCUUGGACGAAGUCGAUGACAGGAUAUCUGCGUUCAAGGAAGACGAAUUUGUCAGUCAGGCUUUGGAAAAUGGCAUGGAUUUGCGUGAAUAUGCCCUUCAGAUUGAAAAGGAACGAGCAUCGGUGCAAAAGCAACUGGAGAACGACUACGUUGCAAGGACACAAACCUUUGUGGAUCUGCAUGCUGAGAUUGAGUCGUGCGAUCAAGUAUUAGAGCGCAUGGAAGAACUUCUCAACGUUUUCCAAAGUGAUCUGGGAAAUAUCAGUGGAGAAAUUCAAAGUUUGCAAACGCGAUCCUCCGAAAUGAGUAUACGCUUAAAGAAUCGGAAGGCUGUUGAGGCUCGGCUUGGGAAAUCAUUGCGGGCGAUGGUAAUCCCCCCUUUUGUCAUCAAGAAAAUUACAGAAAGCGACGUGGACGAAGUGUGGCUACAAUAUCUUUUGGGUAUCAACAAACAGAUGCGAUUUGUGAAAGCCAACCAAAAUCGCCCGAUCAAAGCCUUACGCAACGUUGGCCCUGAACUGGAAAAAUUACGCUUGAAGGCGGCCGCCACCAUUCGAAAUUUCUUUGUUCAACGUAUCCAUUCCCUGUGUGUUCCGAAUGCCAAUAUACAAAUCAUGCAACAAUCCCUUUUUUUAAAAUACAAGGCGCUGCACCAGUUUGUGCUUGAACGACACCACGAGGCUGCCAUGGAAAUUCGACAGACGUACAUCAAUUCACUGAGGUGGUAUUUCCAUAAUCAUUUCGAACGAUACAGUAGAGGCUUGUCCAAGCUCCAGACUGUGGCAGCUGAUAAAACUGAUCUGAUUGGCACGGAUGCAAAUAUACGCAAAGGACUGUUCACCAGCAGCAAGGUUGCUUUAAAAGAUAAAAACAAUCUUUUCGCUCUGGAGUCUCGUAUCGAUGCUUUGCGCAUGCAAGAUUCGGGUGUCAUCUUGGUUCAUGUAGCUGAAGAUAAGGAACAGCGCUAUCAGUUUGAACAGUUAUUCAGAAGCUUCAAUUUAACAUUGAUUGACAACGCCAGUUCAGAGUAUCUAUUUAUCUGUGAAUUCUUUUCCAAAGACCCAAAGACAUCGGCCGACGUAACCAAAACCAUUUUCCAAGCCAUCUUUGAGCCCACGGAAAAAGUAGGCAUUAACUUCACAAAAGCUUACGUUGAAAACUCGUUUGAUGCAGUGGGAAUCCUACUCUGUAUUCGAAUCAACACACAGCUUGCGCUUGAACUUCAACGAAGGCGGGUGCCAGCGUUGGAAGGUUAUACCAAUUCAACAAAUAUGCUUUUGUGGCCUCGCUUCCAGACGAUCAUGACAUUACAUAUUGAAAGUAUACGUAAGAUGGCGAAUAACAAAUCGGCCAUCAACAGCGUCAAAGACAUACACCCUCAUUAUGUUACAAGACGUUAUGCAGAGUUUGCUGCGUCAUUGCUUGUGCUCAAUGAAGACUAUGACGAUCCUAUUCUCACCAACAGUGUUCAUAAAUUGCGAAAUGAGAUUGAAGGCCUUCUUUUCCGUAUAUCCAACGAAUUUAGUGAACCAUCACGUCGGAUAGCGUUCCUUAUCAAUAAUUAUGAUUUAAUUAGCUCAGUGUUUCAGGAAGCACACAGUCGUGCUCUGGAAAGCGAGAUGGACCAUGUAAAGCAGAUGCUGAAUUUGCAAAUCAGUGCAUUUGUGGAUGAACAACUAAAGCCAUACUUUGGCUCUCUUAUCGACUGUGUGAAGCGCGCCGAGAAGAAUCGUGCCUCCGUAGAUCAAGGGGAAUUGGAGAGAGUAUGUGCCAGUUUUGCACAGACAUGGCGACAGUCAUUGACAGGCAUCAACGCAUCGGUGAUCCAAUACUUUUCAAAUUUCAAAAACGGGACGACGGUGCUGCAUGCGGUGCUGGGUCAACUGAUCGUCUAUUAUACGAAAUUUCUAGACAUGUUGGAGGAUGCAAAAAUCAUUAACAAGGUGCAACCCGUAGGCGUGCAAACGGUGAUGGUGGAAAUCAAGAAAUUCCGAAGCACAUUCUAAAACAAUAAGAAUAUCGUUCACCAAGUAUCAUAUGCAUCCAUUGACAAUUGAUAG